GGCCGAUCCAGACUUCGGCAAUGAAAAUGAAGGUGAUGAACCAGUGAAAGGAAGGGAUACAGUAAAGAAGGAAGGCAAAACAGUCAAAAAGGAAUUUAACUACUAUUGAAACUUUAUCGGAACUUUAUGAGGGACACCCUUGUUUGUGGAACUAUAAAUUGCCUGAAUACAAAGACAGAAAUGUUAAAGACUAAGCCUGGUUACAGAUGGUGGAAGCAAUGAAUUUGAAAAAAUUUAACGUAAAAGAAGCCAAAGAGAAGAUUCGCAGCCUGAGAAAUACGUAUUUAAGGGAGAUAGUUGAAAUAUCAAAAAGCAAGUCUUCAAGAUCUGGUCUGGAAGACGUGUAUAUUCCGACACUUAGGCGAUUUUCAACAAUGGACCGGAUUUUAGGAACAGUCUUGAAGUCAAGGGAGAACCAAGCAAUUGGUAUUCCAGAAGAUGUUAACAAGGGGCCGGAUUUCAAAAAUCAGUUGUUUGCAAGUGAUUCCGCUAGGUGAAGGGUAUAAAGAUCAAGUUCGUAUCGCUUAUAAUGGGUGCAAGACGCUG